AGUAGCAACGUGUACUACUAGUGUAACCAAUAAGGAUUCUAAUGGUAUCGCUUUAUGCUCGUUAGAUUUCCCUACUAAUUUAUAUUAAAUAUAGUAUAUAAUGCUGAUUCAAGUUGGAAACUAGGUCAACAAUACAAUUAUGUUAACUGACUGUUGACUACAAAAUGGGGAACAUUGAAAAUGGGUUUGUGUGGGUUCAAUAGGGCAGUCUAAGUGCUUGUGUAACUGCGGACACUCUCUGCACUUUAAAGACCACUACGACAACACGCGAGUUAAAGUGGGGGUUUGCGUCCUCAUAUCGACACCUCAAAUCAAACCAGAGAGCAAUGCUCUUUGCUCGAACCAAACCGAACACGUGGUUAUACACACAGGUCACGUGGUUUUCUGAAAACGAUACAAACCUCGAAGUGGGGCUUCCGGGAAAACUGACGUACGUACUUGAAACGCCUUGGAAUCAUUCUGAUCAUCACCAAUAGACUGCACUGUAUAAACUGUAUAAAAACAAAGGGAAAAGAUGUCUGCUUCCGAUAGUUUAAUUGAUAACGAUUUGUCUAAAAGCGUCCAGGGAAGUUGCGAUAUUUCCCCAGAAACACCGUCGAUUCAAGAGCUGGAAUGCAUUUUACACAGCGGGAAAGGUGAUAUGAACCAUGUUGAUGAGGUGUGGCCAAAUCUGUUUCUUGGUAACAUGUGUAUGGCUCAUGACCGGCAUGGUUUAUGGAAGCUGGGGAUCACGCAUGUUCUGAAUGUGAACCAUGGGAAAACGCACAGCCAGGGGAGUCAUGAUUUCUAUGGGAAAACAGUGGACUACCACGGCGUGCCAGCUGAUGAUGUGCCAAACUUUGAUAUGUCACCCUACUUCCGUCCUUCUGCAGAUUACAUCCACGAGGCCCUGAAUACUCCAGGAGCCAAGGUCUUCAUCCACUGUGCCUUUGGGGUCAGUAGAUCUGCAUCUCUGGUGCUGGCCUACCUCAUGAUCCAUCAUCACUUCACAUUACUGGAUGCCAUCAGAAAGGUGAAGGAGAACAGCCAUUGUUUCUCUAUAACACUGCAGGCCAGUGUGGCCACUGUGGCCUCUGGCCCACAGGCUCAGGGAUAUAUGGCCCAUCGUAUCGCUAGAAAGCCAGGAGAGACAGGAGAGAACCCUGAAAGCAAGACGACUCUGGGAUACCAAAUAGUUAUUUCUGAUUUUUAACCGUUUGUGGAAUGUUUGGGGCUAUGGGGUCACUGUGCGCUCAUCUAAUACACAUGCUACAUUAACCAAUCACUGUAUGUUGUCAUUAAUCAUGUACCGAUCAGAGGUAGAAUCAUCUGUUAUUAUAUUCCACUCUAUGCUUGCAUAUUAACUGCACCAAUCAGAGGUAUGAUAAUCUAUGUAUUAGCAAGACACUUUUUGAUGAUAAAAUGGCAGAGAUUGCCUCUUGAGUUCAUGCUUGGCCACCUUGUGUGUGUAAGUACUGGACUCUUUCUGCAGAGAAAUAAAUAAUUUUCUUCUUGGA